AUGCGUCGCUCGGAAUCCCUCGGUUCGAUUCACGUCGAAAACGCGAUGAGCAGCGUGAAGAGCCUGCAGAAACGAGGGCUGGACCUCCCGAACACCGGUCGAUGGUUCCGACGGAAACAUCGCACGAUGAUGUGCUGUGGAAUCCUGUGCGUCGUGCUCGUCGCGCUGUGGGUGAUACGAUGGCGAAACGGGGCGGCGCGACGGGAGAUGGAUGAGCUCGGUCGGGAACUGGCGCGAGAGGCGAAGAAAGCGGUGGGACGGGGACGGGCGUAG